GUCAGUUACGUUCAAAUCACCAAGAUGAGUUGAAGGGUGAAUUGAAAUGUAAAUUCACAUGAUUUGUUACAUACAUAUUUUUGUAUUUAAAUUAAAUAUUCCUGAUUUAGUUUAUUUUGGAAUUGUUCGAGUUGUUGAGUGUGAUAAGUUUAGUUAUUGUAUUAGUCAGAUUAUGUUUUUACAAUAAAUGAGUGAGUGCUAUCGUAUGAUUGUGAAAUAAGCCUCUGAUUGAAAAUAAAUACGAGCUAGUAAAUGAUCAUUCUGUUUCGGCUUAUUAAAAUAAAAAUCGGUUUCAAGCUGCAUUUACAAUUGCUGCAGUUAAAGCGUGUAAAGUAAACAUAACUCGGAAUCGAUCAUGGAUUCUUGUGCUGACGAAGCAGUUGAUUUGAAUGAAAGUGGUGAAGCAGACGAUAAGAAUAGCGUUACAACAAAGAGAUAUCUAUGGCGACAAAUUUUUGUUUCAAGUGGAGUUUGGUCGAUUUACUUUGUUCUUGGUUUGGGCUUCGGAGCUCCAACUGUAAUGAUCCCACAGAUCAGAAGAGAAGCUAACUCAACAGAUGCAGUUACCGAGAGCAUGGCUUCAUGGCUAACUUCCGUGCACGGCUACUCUGCACUUCCAUGGGUAUUCGUGAUACCCGUUUUGACAAGAUACAUCGGAAGAAAAAUACCUUUCACCAUAAUAUGUAUAGUGACUUUAGUUUCGUUCCUGUUAUUUUAUUUCAGUACAAAUACAACGCAUUUAUUGAUCAGUGCGAUAAUGCAAGGGAUGCUUCUAGCAAGCAACAUGACUUUGUUGGUUGUUAUUGUAACGGAAUACUCCUCCCCGAAAUAUCGAGGGGUAUUCAUGAUAUUCGAAUCUACAGUUUUCUUUUGGGGAGUAUGGGUCGCUAAUGCGACGGGAGCCUUUUCCCACUGGAAAAACAUCGGGUACAUCGCCUUUGUUUGUUCUCUGUACCCUUUGACCGUCGUAUUUUGGCCCGAAUCGCCUUACUGGUUGGCGAUGAAGGGCCGGUUCGAGGAAUGUGCCGCUUCACACCACUGGCUGAAAGGGUACGAUAAAGAUUCCCAAUGUGAACUCGAGACGUUGAUUGAUUCUCAGAAACAGUAUAUUAAGAUGUGUGCGGAGAAUAAACGAAAUGUUGCAGGGAAUAGAGUGAAGUUUAUUUAUGAAACUAUAAGCACAAAAGCGUUUUACAUGCCAAUGUUUAUAUCUGUUGUAGUAAUGUCAAUGUAUCAUUUCUCUGGAAAAUUAGUAUGCACGAUGUAUGCGAUGGAUUUAAUUAAUCAAAUAACUGGCAGCAACAUUACCUCAAGUUAUGGCAUGCUGAUUAUGGACAUCAUUACAAUAGUAGGUAUGCAGCUCGGAUGUAUUUUAUCAAAGUUUUUGAAAAGGCGUACAUUGUUGUUGACUUCGGCCACUUCGGGGAUUUUCUUUCUCUACGUCAUAUCUGUAUAUUUGUAUCUAGUUAAGUAUUCGGUUAUUGCCGAGAAUAGAUAUUUGUCAAUAUUGUUUCUGACAUUGUUUUCCGUGUCAAUAAGUCUCGGUCCCAUGAUAAUGCCGUCCACUAUAUUUGGAGAGUUAAUAUGUUUAAGGUACCAAACGCCUUGUUUACUUUUAUUAACAUUGUUUUCUGAAUUUUUAAUGGCAACUAUUUUGAAAACAUCUCCGUAUAUAUUUCGUACCCUAACUUUACCCGGUGCUUUCCUGUUUUACGGGCUAUCAGCAUCUUUUUUCGCAUUACUUGUUUACAAAUAUUUACCGGAAACUAAAGAUAAGACGUUAUUUGAGAUUGAGAAUUAUUUCAAAGAUCCCAAUCAGAGACAAAACGAUGUUGAGAGGGUUUUGAUAAAGCAUAGGUAAUGUUUUUUGUUGCUAAUUUAACAUGACUGAUUAAUUUUUUAGAGCUUUUUAACCAAACAACGUUAACAUUUCGUUUAUAAAUAAUAAAUACAUGACAAUAAUUCAAGGUCAUUUUUAUCUAAUUUUCGUGUGUGUGUGUUUUAAAUGUAAAAUAUCUUCAAGUGGUGAAUGAAUUCUCUUUUAUCUGGAGACACUAGUUCAAAGUCUAUUGCGUUGUAAUAAUCGCUAUGCUAUCGCUCAAACUGAAAUCGGUUAUAGCUUCGUGGCAAAGGUAAACAGCAGCUCUAAGUUAAAAUUAUGUAAAGUUAAAAGCUUAAAAGCUAAGUUAAAAUUAUCUAAGGUAAAAUUAUGAGUGUAAUUGUAAAUAAAAAUAAUAAAGGGUUAAAUACUAGUAAUACAAAAAUAUAGUUAUUAUAAUGAAUCAUAAUGAUAUAAAAAAACAUUUAUUCAAUAAUUUUUGUGUAAUAUUGACGAUUUAUAGUUUAACUUUAUUUAGUUUAACGUUAUUUUUAGCUAAUCGUUGUGUAAUUAGGUCCUUACAUAUAAAAUUGGCGUUUUGUACGGGAGGAUUAUAAAGUCAAUUUUUUUUUGUAAAAUAUAUUUAACUAGGUUUUGCCCGCGACUUCGACCGCGUGGAAUAGUUAGUUUGGCACAACGCUAAAUUUUACCCGCCUCUUAAUUUACGUAGAGAUUGAAAAUAUUUUUGAAUAAUAGAAUGUUAAGGAGCUAUUUAAGGUACCAAAAUCACGCUUUUUAACCGACUUCAAAAGAGGAAGUUAUCAAUUCGACCAUAAUUUUUUUAUCUAUGUAUGUUCACCGAUUUCUCGAAAAUGAACCAAUUCUGAUAAUUCUUUUUCUUUUUUGUUCGAAAGGGUAGACUUUCCGAAUGGUCCUGUAAUAAUUAAGAUCUGAUGAUGGGAUCCUGGAGAAAUUCAGAAAAGUCUAUAAUUGUCAAAGCCUAUCUUGAAGUGAUUUGGGUGUUUUAGUGUUGUAAUGAAUAACAUUUUUUUUUAUUUUAUUUUUUAUUGCCUUUUUUGGCAGACGAGCAUACGGCCCACCUGAUGGUGAGUGGUUACCGUCGCCCAUGGACUUCAGCAAUGCCAGGGGCAGAGCCAAGCCGCUGCCUACAAGCCGCUGCUUUAUUUGGAUAAGGAUUCAUAUCAUCUUUAUAAAUAUACCUUCACAAAUAAUGCUUUAUUUUAGAAUAAAUUUGGUUAGCAUAAAAAACGUUAUAGUGAGCCAACCUUAACAUGACAGCGUGAUGUUAUAUUAUGAUGAUAUACAUAAAUGGGCUAUCUAACACUGAAAGAAUUUUUCAAAUCGGACCAGUAGUUUUUGAGAUUAGCGCGUUCAAACAAACAAACAAACUCUUCAGCUUUAUAAUAUUACAAUAGUAUAGACUAGGCAAAGUAUGCUCCGUUGUUAUCUAUGCACUUUUGCCAUCUCAUAGGUAGUUCAUUGAUCCCUUUACUAAAAACACCAAUAAACUCUUUAAAGGCGGUUUGGAUUGCCUUUUGGAUUUUCCUUUCCAGAUUUGCUUCAAGUGGAUUAAUACAGUUUUAUCACUUACCCCGAAGCCUGCAUCUAUCUCUGAAGUGCUUUGUGAUGGAUCCGCUUCCACAAUAGCCUGUAAUUCUUCAUUUUCCACUUUGGUCUCCGGCCGUCCACGGGGUUGGUUCUGAAGGUCGAAAUUUCAAGAACGAAAACGUUGAAACCAAAAACAUACCGUGCUUUCUUUUGGACACCAGUGCCGUACAUUCGAGAUGUUUCUGCAGCACUGGUGCCAUGGUAGAACUCGUGCUCGUAAAUAUACCAAUAUUUCAUGUUUUCCAUUGUGCGGUAAUAAGCGACGCCAAAAAAAAAAAUGAGGAAAAAACAAAUAAAUGACUGUUUUUGAAACUCAAAUGUACCAGCUAAAUGAAAUUAUGCAUUUGAAUUUGGAAUUCUUAACCAAAGAGGAGAUAUUUCAAAUCAAAGUGGUCAGUACGACAAAAUGCCUAUUUCAUAUGUAAGGACCUAAUAUUAGUUUAUGGUGUAUGGUUAGCUCGUUAUAUUUAUUUUGCGUAUGUUAUGUAAUUAAUUUUCGCUUAAUCGAUUUUGUAAGCUUUGCUUGGCUAUUAUGAAAAAUAAGAGCUGUCCUUUUCCACAAAGUAACCAAUAUUCGCGAUAUUUCUUGCCUAUGUUUAUAAAAUGUCUUCAUCAAUAAAGGUUUUAUACCUAUGUAUUUUAAUUGAAUCGGUUUUGUGAAAUUUAAGAACUUGUACUAUAAAUUAUGUCGACCCCAAUAUCAAAUAGAUAAUUGAUCUUUAGUUCUCAACAGUUUAUUCUCAUCUUAAAUUUAUUAUUUUAUAAUUUAUCAGUUUUUUUAAAAACCAGUGACAUCCGGCGACACCGAGACUGACUUGAAAUAUAAUGAAUAAAAAUAUAUAUAUAUAUUUGUUGAAACGUUUUAUUGGACUAUUUAUUUUUUAUAUUGAAUUUAUUUUCAAAUCAAUCAAAACGCGGAAGAAUGUGUUUCUUAAAUUAAUAUUAUUUAUUAUUGUAUAGAAGUGUUAAAGAGCUCUCCGUUCACCUUGUGUAAAGGGGUUAGACUCGCGUGAAUGUCAUGAAUGCCGCCACCCAUCUUCAGGCCUAAGUUCGAACUCUACAUUGACUUGAACCGAUACGCAUGACUGCUUCUCGGUGACAUAAAGAGAAUAGUGGUUAAAAUUUGUGAGAACCAAGAAUACUCUUUACUAGUGUUCAACCCCGAUUAGCGACCGUAGAAUACAAGUAGAAUACUCUGGGAACGCUGCUGCCGUUCUUCAAUUAUUAAGUCCUCUUUGACGAAAGAACGAAAAGAAAAAACAAAAGAAAACGGAUAGAGCUAUUCUAGACCACACAUAAUAAGUUACAAAAUAUAAUAUUAUAAUUAUAACAAAAUACCCUAUAUCUUUAAAUAGCUUACUAACAUGUAAUUAGUUAGAGAGCAAGAAUAAAACACAAAACCUGUCUGGGCGGGUCGUUAGACGAUCCUGCGGAAAUUUCUGCUAAUUCUCUAUUUAUUGAAUUAUAUGAUAAGAAGAGCGGCGCUGUACGUACGGUAUAAUUUACAAAAUAGUGUUAGAAAAAGUUGAAGAAAAAUAAAUGUCACAUAUUUAAUGGUUGUAAAUCUCUUUUUCUCCACCUUAUCCCACUAUGUGGGGUCGGCACUAAAUCGUGUUUUAAAUGUAAUUUCUUUUAAAUAUUCAUAGAUAAAAUUUAACUCACUAAAAUUAACUCGUUAUGUAAAGUUUGUUAGUUAUUUGUAAAUAAAUUUAUUUAUCUUCUAAA